ACAAAGCAAAAAGAAGAGAAUCAGAAGAAAGCCACAAGAAAAGACAGAGAACUUCAAGAAGGAAAGACAGGGAAAAGAAGAUGAUCGAGGUGGUGUUGAACGAUCGACUGGGGAAGAAGGUCCGCGUUAAGUGCAACGAUGACGACACCAUCGGCGACUUGAAGAAGCUGGUGGCCGCUCAAACCGGCACCCGAUCCGACAAAAUUCGGAUUCAGAAGUGGUACACCAUCUACAAGGACCACAUCACUCUUAAAGACUACGAGAUCCAUGAUGGCAUGGGCCUUGAGCUCUACUACAGCUAAACAUUUUAAGGUAAGUGAUGAUAUAAUAAGCAAGGCAUGUCGGAAGUGGGAAGGACAACUUUGCUAGUAAUGUCUUGUUAGAUAAUAUUGGCAGGGCCGAUUUUAUAAGUAAUGUCUUGUAUGAUAGCACAUAUUAUACUCCCGAAAACUUGUAUUAGCUUGUUCAUGUUGAUUUAAUAUGGAUGGUUAUUUUCUGUAUUAUUCUAUUUUCAUUGGUAUGAAAAGAUCUUUAUUAUCAA